AACCGCGGUGACGUGAUAUGGUUCUACGUAGACAUGGAAGGUUAUCAAAUAAGGAUAUUGGUUCCAGUGUUAUUUAAUGCCCUGGAAUCAUUCAUAUGCGUAUCCCGUGCCGGGGAGACAUUUAUAACGAUUGACAGCUUGGGAGUUUGUAAGAAUUCUCCUGUACGUGUGUUUGGAACUGGGAUUUCAAGUGCGAAGGUCGUAUCACAGAAAAGUUCCCUUUACAUGAACGGAUCGAAUUGUGAAAUGAAAUGGAAUUCAAAGCCAGGUACCCGCACGCUUUUAAUUGUGUCCUUUGCUCAGAAUGGUUCGUGUGCUGACCAGUUGGAUGUCUCACCCAGUCUUUCUUCCGAAGCAAAUACGUUUUGCGGGGCCAAUUCUACAAAUGGGACGGAUUAUGUGGUGGAUUUUCAGGGCGAUCUCACCAUGUUAUACACAACAAAAAUUGGUCGUCCAUACGGCGGCUGGGAAUUCACUGCAAUUUUGACGCCAUUCACGGAAUCGUCCGGCGGAAAGUGUUCGGAAUCGGAAUUCCUUUGUGACGACAACAGAUGUAUAGCCAGCUCCCUAGUGUGUAAUGGAGACCGCAACUGUAUAGACAGAACGGACGAAAACAAUGCAACAUGCUCAUCUGGUAGCGAUGUCACCGAAAAUACUGCUGUACUGAUGGUUAUCAUUAUGACGAUAGUAUCCGUGGCAACGGCCGUCAUCACUGCUGUCGUCUUCAAACUGAAGCGCAAGAGACCAAGAUCUACCCACUACGAAACGUCCGAGGAAGAUGUGUAACACAUGUUGAUAUUAGAUUAUUGUGUUUACAAUAUACCAACAAAAUUAUGUACAUCAGUAAUUAACAAUAAAUGAUGGAAAUCGUGGUCAAAUUAAACAAAAGGUAGGAUUUUA